AUGGUUUUGCUAGCCAUAUGCGAUGCAAAAUAUUACUUUACUUUGGUAGAUAUAGGUAGCUAUGGCAAAGAUAAUGAUGUAUCUAUAUUUAAUGAAAGUAAAAUGGGUAAUGCUUUUAAAAAUAAUUUGUUCAAACUUCCCAAAAACCGACAGCUACCAAAUGGCACACAAGUACCACCAGUGCUAGUUGGUGAUGAUAUUUUUGCGUUAAAACCUUGGUUAAUGAAACCUUUUUCUGGUAAAAACUUAACAAUCAAAGAACUUAUUUUCAACUAUCGAUUAUCUAGGACUAGAAGGACAAUUGAAAACUCCUUUGGAAUUAUGGUAGCUAAAUGGAGAAUAUUUAGACGUCCAAUAAAAGCAACCCCUAAAAAUAUUGAAAACAUCAUAAAAGCUUCAAUUUGUUUAGAUAAUUACUUAAAACUCAAUGACAGCAUUCACUAUGUACCAUCUGGGUUUGCUGAUUUAGAAACAAAUUCUGGUGAACUUAUUCCUGGAGAGUGGAGAAAAAUUGCGCUUGAAGGUAAUGCUUUAAACAUUUUACCUCGAUGUAUAAGCAAUCAAUACGCAACAGAUGCAAGCACUGUGAGAUUAACGCUAACAGAAUAUUUUAAUGAUCCAAGUGGAUCCUUGUCAUGGCAACAUAAUUAUGUAACUAGUUGUGGGCACAAUAUAACAGGAAAUCAAAUUUUUUUUCAAUAG